AUGCACCAGAAAGUGGAACACAUAAGGAGCGGAGACACCAUCGCCACACAGCCUGGUGUAGCCCAGUGGUUCUACAACGACGGACAACAACCACUUGUCAUCGUUACUGUUAUGGAUUUAGCCAGCCACCAGAACCAACUCGACCGCAACCCAAGGCUGGAAACAACCAGCAAGGCCAAGAAUGGAUACAAGGACGAGAGCAACAGCCACAGAACAACAUCCUUAGUGGCUUUGCACCAGAGAGCACCAUCAACCUUCACAACCAUUCACAAGCCAUACCAUCAAGAAGAAGGCUCCAAAAGCGAUGAAGGAAAUAGGAAAUUUUCUCAAAAGGCGAUGGAGACAAUGGUUGUGGAGAUGGAGUUGUGGACGGAGAAUCCUAGAACUUUAUUCGACAACGUUUUGGUGAAGCACAAGGAUGCGAAGAAGCCAUUAGUUGAUGAAGUUGAGAAUUCGAAUAGAAGCAGAAGAAGACGUGGAGAAGAGAUUCACGCAAAGAAGCCGGUUACGGAAAUAACCGAAGAAGACGUGACGGAGAAGAUUCACGCACAAGACACAGAUGUGAUGGUGGGAUUCGGAAUCUUGGAGGCUGGUGCAUAUGGAGUUUCCCAGUCUCGUAAAAGAGCUUUUAUUUGGGCAGCUGCACCAGAAGAAGUUCUUCCCGAACGGCCUGAGCCAAUGCAUGUCUUUCGCGUCCCCAAGUUGAAAAUCUCGCUAUCUCAAGGCUUACAUUAUGCUGCUGUUCGUAGUACACAAAAAGGUGCACCAUUCCGCUCAAUCACUGUGAGAGACACGAUUGGUGAUCUUCCACAGGUAGAAAACGGAGAAUCCAAGACAAACAAAGAGCAUGGAGCUGAUCCAGACUUGUCAAAAGGCGAUAAGAGGAAACAUGAUCGUUCUCACUAA